AUGUACGACAACAACACCCCAAAUCAAGACGACUACAUGGACCAGCAGUACUUUGAGAGCCAAGAGAUGGCCAGAGACUCCUCGUUAGGGUCUUUUGGCAGCGCUGUCUCAGGGCAAUCUGCCGUCUUGAGUUGUCCCACACCUGAUACCCUGUUCUCGAACCAGGAUCUCCUUCAGGGGGACCUCGGCCAGCAGUUGCAACAAACACCUGGUGCCAUGAGCUUCGAUCAAACCCAGUUAGCCUUUAACCAGGACCAAACAGUGCAGUACAUGGGCUAUCAGGGACACGGUGAUACAGGCUGGGUUGCCAACAGUGUGGCUUACGGUCUUGUCGGGUACCCGGGCACGCUAGAUUAUGGGGUCGAGCUGUACAAUCAGCAUGGAGCGGCUCCUUGGAAUCCCAUCCAAUCUGUCGUUGAAGCUCACUGGCCACAGCAAUCACCGUACCAUGCUGUGCCAAACUCUGAACCGGACCCAGCUUUUACCAUGGACGACACUUGGCUGGAGGAGCCUGCCAAUGAGCCAUCGGUCCAGACGGUGCAACCGACCACCCCGGCAAAGGGACAAUCCUCCACCAAGCAGCAGUUCCGAUGCCCGCACGAAGGCUGUGACAGCGUGUUCGAUCGCCAUGCCAACCUGACGCGGCACAUGGCAAAGAGCAAGAAGCACGCCCUAGCGGAAGGCAGCGCCGGCAAGCCCGAAAUAUAUAACUGCGGAUUCCGCACCUGUCAACGGGCUGGACGCGACGCCAUCCCGCGCAAGGAUCACUGCCGUGAGCACCUCCGUAACUUCCACAAGCAGGAUCUUUACAAGCGCGGCGAGAAGGUGGAGAUCAGCUGGCUCCAAGAGUGCCUCAUCGACAAGUCCUACUGGUACUGCAACAAAUGCCUGGCGAGGAACAGCACCGUCGGCGUGUCGUCUCCUUGGAGCUGCCAGCGCUGUGGAACAAACUGUGAGCCCGAGAGAGUCAACAUCAGGCUUCAACUUGAAGGUUAG